UUUUUUUUAUUAUUAUUAUUUUAAUAAUUUAUAGAGAGACAUUUUGCGAUGAGACCCAUAAUAAAAUUUAAAUAUCGGGGUUGACCCUAAAAUUGUCCCAGACCAAUUUACGUCAAAUGGACAUACGGAGUUGGGCCAAGCUAUCUGAGGCCCAAAUUCUAACCGAUUGAUCGGACGAUUCGACUCGUCCGCUCAACUCGCCCGUUUCCGACGUCGGAGGCAGAAAAAAUACGAUCGAAACGCUACCGGAUCAUCUGAUCGAUCCCUCCGCCAUGGCGAACACCUCAACGGAAGGAAGCGCAAGCGAAUUCGGACGUCCAGAAGGAGGGACCGGCCGGCGUCGUUUCUUCAGCAGUGGAAGAAUCCCGCGGAAGACGAGGAUCGGAUCCUCUUCGGCGGCUCGGUUGUUAGGGAGGGGGGCGGGAGCCUCCCCUCCGCCGCUCACUCCUACGCGGUCCACGAUGUCCUCGGGACUAGCACAAAGGACGAGCUCAUCGAGUUCCUACUCGAUGCCGUCGCCUCCGACGCCGACCGCGGUGCCGCUCACUGCAAGGUGUUUGUUCACGGUCCUCGGCUUGUUCGCUUUUGCCACCUGUAAUCACAUACUGCUGUGAGAAGGAGACCUGAAGUGAACAUGUCUUCAGCGUAUUCAAAGGCUGGCCUAGGUACUAUAUGAGAUGGAUGAUAAAGCAUAAGAACCACAGUCAUGAAGUUGUAAUUAGGAUACUUACAAGGAGCAAAGCGCAUUUGCCAUCUUCUGACUCCUAGAAAGGGGUUAGUAAUUCAAUCAAAAAGGUAUAUCAUUCAUACCAUCAAUAAAGUUGAGAGCCUUUUUACCAUUGGAAUUAGCCACUCUGUUCUGGUUAAUUCUAGUUGAUUACAUUAUUAACCAGAUUUAUCUAUGCUAUGUAAUAACAAUAGUUCUGAGGAAGUUGCCCCCUGGGCAAUGGUGUAGCGGUUAGGCCCUUCAAAUGGUUAAUUAUGCAUCUAAGGGUUGAAUCCUAGCUACGGCACACUGCAGGAAUUUUUUUCCAGUGUGAUGACAACUCUAAGAACGGUGGCUGCUUGGAUGGGCCUCUGCAAGCGCUUCCCGAUUUAUCCUUGGCCGGUGGGAAAUUUCUGUGAGGCUGGGCCGAUGACUUCUAGGAUUAGUCGGUUGGUUCGAAAAGUUGGAUACUUAGAUUAUCCAAAAAAGAAAAAGUUCUGAGGAAGUUGUAUUUUUCUUUUCCAUCUUAUAUUUUUCUGAUCUGUCAGUUAUAGAUCAAUUCUUUGGGCCCUUUUUGCAAUUGUCAUUGCACUAUGCAUGGGUAUGGGCUUAACGCGAAACUUGAGUAGUUGGGGCAUAACCUUUUAUCUAAACCAUAAUGAAAAUAAAUUAGAAUUUCUUCAUGUUGUGUGGUUCAACUAAAAUAGCUAUCCUAGUGACGUUUGUGAAUGCUUUUACUAGCCUCUUCUAUUUCAAAUGCAUGUUUCACUUUGCAAAUGUUCUUCUAGAAAUAGGAUUGCUUUAGCCGAUAAUUUGUUUUUUCAAUAGUUUUUAUAACACCAUCAGACUGUCAUUGAUAAAAAGGAGACUAUUCCAUCCUUGUGUUAAUAGGCAUGGAGAUGCUGGAGCUUUUAACACCAGAUCACAUCCUUUAGCACGAGAUAUACUGUUUAAAACAAACUUGAUAAAAAAAAGA